UUUGACUUACCUUAUAGUGCGCUGUAGUGGGGGGAGAGAGAGAGAGAUAGAGAAAGAGAGAUGCAGUGCUGCCAGAACCUGCUUCUCUACCAUCGUCCGAUUCCGAGACGCUCGGCGGCGUGUCCUUCAUUGUUUCCCUCCUUUACCUUCUCCAUUAGACCAAAAUCAUUGUCUAUCCUUAGACCCUUCUCCCACGGCGAUCUCCUCUUUUCAGUUACCAGCAAAACUUACAAAUGCCGAUACCUCUCUUUGAACAAAGCUUGUUAUUGCUCUUUCUCCGCUCCCAUCAACAGUGCUCGAAUCAAGGUCAUCGGAGUCGGAGGUGGCGGAAACAAUGCCGUUAAUCGGAUGAUAGAAAGCGGUCUUCAGGGAGUUGAAUUCUAUGCCAUAAACACUGAUGCUCAGGCCUUGUUGCAAUCAAGCACGAAGAGACAAGUCCAAAUAGGGGAGAAAUUGACUUGUGGUCUAGGUACUGGUGGUAACCCAGAGUUAGGAGAGCAAGCUGCUGAGGAAUCAAAAGAUGCAAUUUGCAAAGUCCUUGCCGAUUCAGAUCUUGUUUUUAUUGCUGCUGGGAUGGGUGGUGGCACUGGAUCUGGUGCCGCUCCUGUUGUGGCUAGAUUGUCCAAAGAAGCUGGUUUUUUGACUGUGGGUGUGGUCACUUACCCAUUCAGUUUUGAAGGUCGCCGAAGGGCUGUACAGGCUUUGGAAGCAAUUGGAAAAUUGCAAGAUUCUGUGGACACUCUUAUAGUCAUACCCAACGAUCGGUUGCUUGAUGUAGCAACUGCACAGACACCUCUACAAGAAGCUUUCCUUCUUGCUGAUGAUGUACUUUGUGAAGGUGUUCAAGGAAUCUCUGACAUAAUUACUAUUCCAGGAUUAGUAAACGUGGACUUUGCGGAUGUAAAGGCUAUAAUGAAAGACUCUGGCACUGCAAUGCUUGGGGUUGGGGUUUCCAGUGGCAAGAAUAGAGCAGAAGAAGCGGCUCUACAGGCAACAUCAGCUCCCUUGAUUGAAAGGUCAAUAGAACGGGCAACGGGUGUAGUCUACAAUAUUACUGGAGGGAAGGACCUGACUUUGCAAGAAGUGAACAGGGUGUCACAGAUUGUGACCAGUUUGGCAGACCCAUCUGCAAAUAUUAUCUUUGGAGCAGUGAUAGAUGAUAGAUAUAGCGGUGAGGUCCAUGUCACGAUAAUUGCCACUGGGUUUUCACAGACAUUCCAAAAGACAUUAUUAAUGGAGCCCAAAUCAUCUACAUCUAGGCAGGAAUCACAAAAUACUAAAAGGACUCCAGUGCCUGCGGCAGCGCAGGAGGAAUCAUCGAACUUUCCAAGCAGAAGAGGUUUUUUUGUGAUAUGAUAUGUACAUGAGUGCAAAUGUGCAAUGCAAUCGGGAGCCUCAUUCACUUUCAAUAGGACAGGACUUUUAUUGGCUGAUUUAACUCUUUAAGAUCGUUUUUGGGUGUUUAAAUUGUUUUUGGUGCAACCAGUCGCGUGGAAGAAAUUUUUUUUUU